UAAAGGCUGUUCAGCUCGCGACAAUUUCAGAGCACUGACGUGAAAAAUCUGGGAUGCUUUCGGGUCUAGUUAUCAACUCUGGGAAUGAGGCAGAAAGAAAACACGUCUACCACUCAGGCAUAGAAGUGUCCAGCUCAAGUGUCUUACUACUUCCAGGUCCCCCAAUUUACUUGUUUCCUGGGUUCUUAGAAGUGAUGAAGCAAACGCAGAAAAUAGGGCCUAAGCCUAUUAAAGACGGUUUUCCACCGGCGGGUCCUAGGCCAGGAGUCUUAGGGUAUAAGUACAUCUGGGUGAAUGGAGUCCUGGUCCUUUAAGGGUGUGUGCCAAGGGGCGGAGUCUAGAGCGGAAGUUGUAAAUCAGGGCUGAAGUCCGGCUAAUGAAGGGCGGAAGUGGAGUGUCCAGGGUUGUAAUUAUGGCGCAGGAAGAGGAAGAUAUUCGAGAUUACAAUUUGACUGAAGAGCAGAAGGCAAUCAAGGCCAAGUAUCCUCCAGUCAUUCGGAAAUACGAGUAUUUGGAUCAUACGGCAGAUGUCCAGUUACAUGCGUGGGGAGAUACUCUGGAGGAAGCAUUUGAGCAAUGUGCAAUGGCCAUGUUUGGUUACAUGACAGAUACUGGGACUGUGGAGCCCCUCCAAACACUAGAAGUAGAAACCCAAGGAGAUGACUUAGAGUCUCUUCUGUUUCACUUUUUGGAUGAGUGGCUUUAUAAGUUCAGUGCUGACGAAUUCUUCAUACCCCGGGAAGUGAAGGUACUUCAUAUCGAUCAAAGAAAUUUCAAAUUACGGUCAAUUGGAGAGCGUGCACAUGAGUUGGGGAGGGGCAGAAGGAGAGAGAGAAUCUUAAGCAGGCUCUAUGCCCAGCGCAUGGGCUUAUGACCUGAGCCAAAAUCAAGAGUCAGACGCUUAACCGACUGAGCCACGUAGGUGUUCCAUGUUCUUCCAGUAUUUCUAUACGUGGUAUCUGCAUUUUACAAACAUGGAAAUUAGUAACACCUAGAACCACCUGGCUAUAUGACUCUCUUCAUUGUCUUCAUACCAUAUCCUUUAAUAUAUAACAAAUCACAUUUAUGUAAUGAUCCUCUGAGGUUAGUAUAGCAGCCAUCACUCACAUUUUAUAUAUAAGGAAACACUUCAUGUUUGGGUGAUAUUUCUAAGGUACAACCCAAAAAGAGAUCACUGACAAAGACUGUGCCACUUUCUCUGACAUUUAUUCUGAAAGUUCAAAAGUUAAUGUUAUUUAGCAGAGACAUUUGAACUAUAGAAACAUCUGGUUUCCUAGGACAAGACAGUAAAGAAUGGUGGAUUUCUACUGUUUCUUCCCACUGUCAAAUAUACAACUGUG